AUGUCAAGUUCUACAUCCACCGGAUGGGUGACGGUGGCGAUCGCCCUCCCCAUUAUCGUAUUCGUUGCUCUCUUGAUCCUAGUUCUGGUGCUCAUCCGCCGACGUGUACAAAAGCGUACACAGCAACUAGAAGAUGGCGCAAUAUGGGAGCGUGGCCCAUUGAUCAUGGUGAGCCAGACAACGGUCGUCCAUAAAGACGCACGAUGGAGUCUACCACGAAAGCCAACUCUACGUGUACCCUUCCUCUCGCGUAACGAUCGACCGCAGCCAGAGAGACCUGUUACGGAUGUGGCAAUAUCACGCUCGCAGAACUCUGACGAGUCCUACAUAUCUAUUCGCUUCGAGCGCUCGGAGACCGACAACAAUCCCGGGUUACGCUCUGACAAGCCAGACACCAGCGAUCCGAAUUGCCAGUCUCCCCAGUCUCCCGAUUCGAGGUCAAAAGAGGCCUCCGACGAGUACAUGUCAAGUGUGGGCCAUGAUGCUGCAUCUGCUAUCCCGCACCUUGCGGUUCGUAUCCCUCAAUGGCCGGCAUGGCUCCCGCGCUGGCCAUCCCCCGUUCCCAGUAGGAAAGCAAGUUCGUCGCAGGGACAUAGCGCAUCUACAAGGUCUCAUGAGCCCUUCCCGGACCUGAAACUCCAGCCUCCACGCAUCGUCCGCCUCGAGCCGAGUUUCCUCCACGAGUAUCGUCCUCUCAACAGACACGCACACAACGAGAGCACGGCGUCCCUCAUCCCAUCCGCCGCACCUCCAGGGACAAGCGAGCCACCAACGCCCGUCCUGACCCCACCACCUGCCGCCUCACCACCACACGUCCGUCACGGCUCGAUCUCACGCCCGAACACGCCCCCGAGUCGUACCCCCAGCGUGCCCAGCAGCCUACUCGCGGGCGGACGGCGCCCAAGCGCAGCCACCUCCGUCUCGUCCUCCGCCGUGGCACGGUUCCCGCAGUUCGAUGGCGACCGCGCAGACGCACAGACGCCCUCGGGAUCGGUGUCGCGCACGUCCACCGCGGCCUCCGAGUUCGCGGAGGUCGGCCGCCUCCCGAACCCCUUCACGAGCAGCGCGUCGCCGUGGCGCGGCGUGCUCGCCGCCGUGGGCGAGGUGGGAAACGAGUCCGCGGAGGGCCACAGUGUGGCAAGCGCGGGCGCUGAUCCAGGGAGGAGUGCGCUGGUCACGCCUGGGUCGCCCCUCCCGCGCGUGCGCUCGCAGCAUGCAUUCCACGCGAUGCCGCUGUAUUAUGACCAGUUACCGGAAGAGAGACCAACUUCGACGAUGGCAUUGCCUCAUGGACGGUCACCGUCGUCGGCUACAAGCGCCGCAACUUUGUCUUCCAAACCAUCGAACGGCGGCUCGGCGAUGUUAUCGCCCCACCCGUCAUACUCGACGGCGGAGUUCGCACGCCGUGCACGGACUUGA